AUGUCCAACCAUGAGCUCUCUGAGCCCUUCCAAUCCGGCUUCAGACAGCAACACAGCACUGAGACCGCCCUCAUCAAGAUCACCAACGAUCUCCUCAUUGCUGCUGACUCUGGCCGCCUCAGCAUCGUCAUCCUCCUAGACCUCUCUGUAGCGUUUGACACCAUCUCUCACAACAUCCUCCUCACCCACCACUCAGACCUCCUAGGUAUCACUGGCACAGCGCUGUCUUGGUUCACAUCCUACCUCCAUAACAGGAAACACACCACUCCAUCCUCCCAGCUCCCCCCUCAGUCUCUCAUCAACUGCCUGCAUGAAAUCAAAACAUGGAUGUCUUCCAACUACCUUAAGCUGAACAGCAAUAAAACAGAGCUCAUGGUUGUGGCACUCCAAAAGGUUGGUGACUUCAUCCUCAAGGUCGACGGCUGCUCCAUCUCCCCAACACCCGAAGCCCGCAACCUGGCCUGCAACUUGGGUGUCAUCCUCGACUCCACCCUCUCCUUCCACUCCCACGUCAAGUCUGUGACGCAAUCGGCCUUUUUCCAUCUAAGGAACAUUGCAAGACUCCGACCGUCACUCUCGGAGUCGGUUGCCGAAACCCUAGUCCAUGCGUUUGUCACCUCCCGCUUGGACUACUGCAAUAGUCUCCUGUUCGGGGUUGCCAACAAAACCCUGGACAGGCUCCAGUAUGUCCAAAACUGUGCGGCUAGGGUGUUUAGCGGGAAGCGUCCAGACGGAGGAGACUUCCCCCAGCAGGGCCAGCCGGCCUCCUCCUUCCGUAAGCUGUCUCCCACCCCCCCACUGGGCCUGGGGGAGGGAGUCCUGUCCACACAGCCUGGUGGUGGUGCUCCUAUGGACGGGCAGCAGCAGGCUCUGACCUGCCUCAUCCCGGAGAAGGAUCUGACGCUGUUCGAGAAGCUGGGCGACGGCUCCUUUGGAGUAGUGAAGAGAGGAGAGUGGCUGACGCCUGCAGGGAAGGUGCUGAACGUAGCUGUGAAGUGUCUGAAGACAGACGUGCUCACCCAGCCCGACGCUCUGGAGGACUUCAUCUGCGAGGUCAACGCCAUGCACUCCCUGGACCACCAGAACCUCAUCCGCCUCUACGGUGUGGUGCUCACACACCCAAUGAAGAUGGUGACGGAGCUGGCUCCUCUGGGCUCUCUGCUGGAGCGCCUGCGGUGUGUCCGUCCACAGGGCCCGGUAUUGAUCCACACUCUGUGUCAGUAUGCCGUACAGGUGGCCUGUGGAAUGGCCUACCUGGAGCAGAGGAGGUUCAUCCAUAGGGACCUGGCAGCAAGGAACAUCCUGCUGGCCUCGGCUCACAGAGUGAAGAUCGGAGACUUCGGCCUGAUGAGGGCGCUGCCCAACAACGAUGAGCACUACGUCAUGCAGGAGCAUCGCAAGGUCCCCUUCGCAUGGUGCGCCCCAGAGAGUCUGAAGACCAGAACGUUCUCCCACGCUACAGACACCUGGAUGUUUGGAGUUACUCUUUGGGAGAUGUUCACACACGGCCAGGAGCCCUGGCUGGGCCUCAACGGAAGCCAGAUCCUGCACAAGAUUGAUAAAGAAGGUGAACGCCUCCCGAAGCCUGAAGACUGUCCGCAGGACAUCUAUCACGUGGUGCUGCAGUGCUGGGCUCAGAAACCAGACGACAGACCCACCUUUGUGGCCCUGCGCGAGUUCCUGCUGCAGACCAUGCCAACAGACAUGUGUGCUCUCCAGGACUUUGACGAGCCUGACAAACUCCACAUCCAGAUAAAUGAUGUCAUCACCAUCAUAGAGGGGAGAGCAGAGAACUACUGGUGGCGAGGUCAAAACAAGCGCACCCUGAAGCUGGGACCGUUCCCCAGAAACGUGGUGACGUCAGUCGCGGGUCUGUCAGCGCACGACAUCAGCCAGCCCCUCAAGAACAGCUUCAUCCACACGGGACACGGAGACAGCAACCCUCACCACUGCUGGGGCUUCCCCGACAGGAUAGACGAUUUGUACCUCGGUAAUCCCAUGGACCCUCCAGAUGUUCUCGGUGUGGACCCCAAUGCUCGGCCCUCAAAUCUGCCAGGACGAGCAAAAAAGCCUUGCUACGAUGCAGUAAACAAUGAAGAGGAUCUGACUUCAGCAGGACUAAAGAGAUUAUCGCUUCGGAAAACCAGUUCCAUCAAAGGCUUGAAACUGAAACCUGCUGCGUGGGUCUCCGCUUCCAAACAGGGGGGCGGCCGGACAUCAGGCUCAGGCCACACCCCGAACAGCGAGGUGUCGCUCAUUGACUUUGGAGAAGAGUUCCCCCCGCCCUCGCCCUCCCCCUCACCUGUGGUUGAAAUUCAGAUUCCUUCACUGGCGAAGCUACUUUUGGGAGCAGAGAACCUCCUGGACCGAACGCCGCCUCAGAGUCCGUCUAAGUCCUUGCCUCGCCCCCUUCACCCUACACCUGUAGUGGACUGGGAUGCCCGGCCCUUACCUCCACCCCCGGCAUAUGACGAUGUAGCCCAAGACGAAGACGAUAUGGAGGUGAGCUCCAUCAACAGCUCGGAGCAGCAGCAGGAGGACGAGCAGAGCGGUGACCCAGAUGAGAGUCAGAAGGUGGAUGGUGAGGGUCUUGUCUCCAGGGGUCCGGACAGAUCAGGCUUUGAGGACAACCUCUUCCUCCCCAGCGGGCAGAGCCAGGUCCUGUCCUCCUCCUUCUCGCAGUCAGCAGAGAUCUUCCAAGAGCUCCAGCAGGAGUGCAUGAGGAGGCUGAACGUCCCGACGGGAAGUACUACGCGCUCAAACUUGCCGUCGUGGACCCAGGAGGGACACCAGCAGAGUAUCCCUUCUUCCAACGAGGACAGACCCCAGGUCCCCCCACGUGUCCCCAUUCCCCCUCGCCCCAUUAAGAGGGGCGACUACACCUCUCCUCGCUGGUCACGUGAUCUCUCCCUGUCACCGACGCCGGCUGACUCCACUGAGGAGGUUUUAGGCUCGACCCAGGAGCGCCCUCCUCAGAUUCCUCCCAGGGACCCUUUGUCCCAGCCGGGCUCAAGGACCCCCAGCCCCAUGGGCCUGGUGGUGGGCUCCCCUCAGCAGAGAAUCUACUCUGCGAGCCCCACCACCAUGCCAGCUCCCAUAUCCUCCUCCUCUGCACACACAUACGGCUCCUACCUCUCCUCCUCUCCAGGUAAACUCAUGCCCACUACUCACAGCUUCGCCUCGGAUCCUAAAUAUGCUGCACCCAAAGUGAUCCAGGCGCAGGGGAAGGACGCCAGCAAGGGCCCCUGUAUCCUCCCCAUAGUGCGUGACGGACGUAAAGUCAGCAAUACACACUAUUACCUUCUACCAGAGAGGCCCCCGUACCUCGACCGCUACGACCGCUUCUUCAGGGAGGCGGAGAGCUUUCCUGCCAGCGGCGUGGAGGAGAGACAUGUACGACAGGCUAACACGGCCACUGUGAGACCAAUGGUGGUCAGCAGCCAGACUCUGCAGGGACACAUCCAGGGACAGGGGCUCGUCCUGCCAGGCGAGCUGAAGACUAAUUUCUCCUCCAACAACAACAGCAGUCUGGGGGGCUCCCGGUCAGGGAUGAAGACAUCAGUCAGUCUCCCUCGCGUGUGUACAGAGGGGCUGACAGCAGCGGUGGUCCCCACGGCUUCCUGUAUCAGGACAGAUGGAGGAGGGAACUCAGCCGACAGGGUCAAAAUGGUAAGGUCAGACAUGAAUAAAUGUUUUUAAUUUA